GACCAAAGCGACGCGUUUACGUCAGCGUUAAGCUCACAGAUGAGUGGAAAUGCUUGGUCCGGGUUAUAUUUUCGAUUCCGAAUGUAGGUUGUAAACAUGUUAGACAACAUAAACAUGGAGUUCAUACAAGCUUUUAAUCCCCUCUAUGCUAUCCCGAUAGUAGCAGUGAUCAUCUGUGCAUUUAUUGUAUAUGCUUUGGGUUUUAAAUCCCCUGUACAGCCGCCAAGCUUUGAGGGGAUAGAAGAAGAAAAAAAAUAUCCCAAAAAGCGUCGGGGUAAAGAAACCCAGAAGAGUAACAAGCUUAUACAAAAUGGAAAAGUGAAUGGAAGUACAGUAACUAAAAGUACAGCUGUGCCAGCAAAGAAAAAGGAAACUGUUGAGAAAUCAGCUACAUCUGAAAAGUCUAGUGCUGGUGGUGAGAAAUCUACAGCUGCUCCUGAAAAGAAGGCUUCUAAGAAAAAUAAAUCACAAAGUGAGAAGAAAUUGACUCAAGAGAAGAAAAAAGAAAGUUUCACUCAUGAUGAACUUAAUGAUGAUGGAUGGGUGCAAUUGAUUUCUAAGAAAGGAAGGAAGAAUCGAAAGAAGGAUGAUGUUGCUGCUCCUGAAACUACGUCUGUAUCAGCCAAAGCCACAGAGGCAAAUAAAUCUGAUAAUCCUGUUGAAGAAUCCCCCCAAAAGAAAGCCGAGCUUCAUAUUUCUGAUGCUAGUGCUCAAAGUACUAAAGAUAAAAAACAGCCUACACCAGCAACUAUUGAAGAGAAAGUUGCAAAAGAUGUAAAACCAGAAACUUCUUCUGAGAAGUCCGAAAAAAAAGAUAUAAUUGUGGAAGAUUCUAAGACUGUCAACAAUGUAGAAAAACAGCCCCCAAAAGAAAAACAGGCUCCAAAAGAAGUACAGCCUCCAAAAGAAAAACAGGCUGCAAAAGAAGUGCAGCCUCCAAAAGAAGUAGCAGCUAAAGGAGUUAAAGUUUCAGAAGAAAGUGGCAAGUCUAAGAAGAAAAAGAAAAAAAAUUCUGAAGUAGUCCAUCCACAAAAUGAAGCUGUGGGCAGUAUUUCCGUUUCUGAAGCAUCUGCUGAGCAAGUUAGUUCAGAAACUGUGGCUCCUAAUAAAACUGCUCCCCCAAAUACUGAUGUGAUUGACUCACCUCAAGUGAACAGUAAUAAAGUUGAAGGGAAUCAACAACAUGAAGUGAAAACUUCUAAUGUAGCAUUUGAUGAGCUAGCAGGUCUUUAUCCUGAACCUAAAGAGCAGAAGAAAAAGAAAAAAGUUCGCCGUGAUCAUUAACAUUUUGCGUCUUCAAGAAGAUUUACAUUAAAAAAAAAAAAAAAUGGUCUUUCACUCUCAACUGAAACCCUGAAUUCAUCCUGCCACUUUUAUGGAACUUGUCAUUCUUUCCAGGGAAAUAAAAUGUUAAGGUUAAAAUGGUCAUGUGGAUUGUUACGAAAAGUAGCAGUUAUUUCUUGGUGGUGUUUACUAUACUUUUGAAAAGAUAAAAAUAUUAUAAAUUACUUCAAUAUAUGUGAUUGUGUGUUUUUAAAGUGACUGUUGGUGUUGAUGUGUCACUUUGCAUUUGUAAAUACAGGGUGAAAUUCAAGAUUGUACAUCAACAUAAUAAGGAUUUUCUUUUAUGUGUAUGUAUUUGUUGGGUGGCAUAAAAAUGUGUCAACUGAUUAUACAGUGACAUUUGCUGUUUAAUGUCCUUUCUCAAAAUUAUUGUAGAAACAUUUGUGAGAGUGACUACACAUUUUUAAAAAUCAAUUUCUUUAAACUUGAUGGAAAAUGUACUUUCUGUGUCGCACCCUGUAUGUAAAAAACUAAUCAGAGUGCCAAAAUUACUUUCAUAUAACCUGCUGAAUGUUCUUGGAUUCUUUGUUUUUAAAAUAUUUUGGAGAAAAUUGGCACUUUUUAGGAAACAUAUUUUUACAAAUACAGUACAAAAUUAUUUUGAUUGCUGAUGUUCUUUGUAAUAUUUUUAAUUCUUAUUUACAUGCGGAAAUUUUCAACUUGAGGAGUUACGAUUGCUAUAAAAUGUUUAUAGAUUGCUAAAGUUCCAAUUUUUGUUAUUUGCAAAAUAUGAAAUUAAAUUUUUCCCUUCAUAUUAAUUUACUUAUAUUUUAAAAUGAGAAAUAUUCAAUUUAAUUUAAAGCUAGAAUUUAUGUAUUAACUUAAAUAUCCUUUCGAUUUUUCUUAUAGUUUCAAUUUACAUCAGAGUUUCCUUUCCUGAGAGUCUUAUUAAAUGAUUGGCCUUUUUAAGUUUCAGAACAGGUACUUGUUUUACUGAUGUUUUAGUACUUCAUUUUUAGCAAGUAUGAAGACAAGGAACUAAUUUUUCCUUUAAUAUCUUAAUUUGAUAAGACAAACAUUUGGAUUUGUCUCACUUGUAAUUGUACUGAUAUAUUGCUUUCAAGGAUUGUACUGAAUAACUUCAUUGAAGACACGUUUAUAUUUGUACCGGCAAUUACGCUAGAAUUUCAUAUAAGAAAAUUCUUUCACUAUGUGUAUUGUAAUUUAUUCGGUUUCGCUUGCAUAUUAAUAUGGUUUAUCUGUAAUCACUGAGGCAUCAUUUUCAGUGAAAAAACACAGAAAAUCAUUUAGUAUGCUUUAAAUGUUUGAAACAAAAUUUUCUUUUCAGUAUAUCUCACUUUUUUUUUUCUAAUAUUAGAGGUAUUUUCUAUUCAUUUAUCCCUUUCCAAAUUUCAAUUCAGUAACUGAAUUAUCAUAAAUCAAUCUAAUGUUUAUUAGUAUUGACAAAAAAAUUUAAUGGUUUUAUAAAUGCAUAUUGUUUAUUUAAUAAAUCCAAGCAUUUUUUUUAAAUAUCUUCUCAUUGUUUUACUGUGCUAAUUUUAGGUCUGGAAACUCUGAACAUUAUUAUUAUUUUACUGGAGAAUUUGUUUUAAUAUUGAAAUCAUAUUUCACGUAUCACGAGUUUACUACAUAUUUUUGAAGAGUCUGCUUCAUUCCCAUUUUUGGGAGAUAAAAUAACUUUUUGAAUAAUAAUUCAAAUCGUUUUUAAUAAAAACUAUUUUGGAUGUAAUUACUGCCGUGAAAAUAUUGUUGUUCACUUGAAGAAUAUUUAGAAAUAAAAAUGUAAAUACAUAUGAGUUAGAUAUAUUUUUAUUGUAUAUAUGUUCGGAAAUGUGGUUAAAAAUUGAUGUUUUUGCAUGUCCGCAAAUAAUCUGAUUUUUUUGUAGUUUAAUUUUAUGUUGAUAUACAUUUUUAUAGUUAUUAUAACUGGGGUUAAAUAAAUUUGUUAAAUUUUCAAAGUAUUUAAAACUUGUUAUUGUAAUCUUAAUUUGAUAAAAAAAAAUCAGGUCUGUAUUUUACUUUGUUGUAAUUUGUUGUAAAUCAGUUAAAAUUCAUCUAUAAGUCAUAAUGCACAAACAUUCACAUAGUGCUAAAUAGGUUUGUAUUCAUUUUCAUGAACUUGUAAUGUGAUAAUUUACAGUAUGAAACAUUAAAGCUUGUAUAUGAGAA